AUGAUGAUGGACCUUUUUGAAACUGGCUCCUAUUUCUUCUACUUGGACGGGGAGAAUGGAGCUCUGCAGCAACUGGAGAUGGCUGAGGGAUCCCCGCUGUACCCAGGCAGCGAUGGCACCUUGAAAACUGGCAAGAGAAAGUCGGCCCCCCCGGACAGGCGGAAAGCAGCCACCCUGCGGGAGAGAAGGAGGCUGAAGAAGAUCAACGAAGCCUUCGAGGCUCUGAAAAGGCGGACUGUGGCGAACCCCAACCAGAGGCUGCCCAAGGUGGAGAUCCUGAGGAGCGCCAUCAGCUACAUCGAGAGGCUGCAGGACCUCUUGCACAGGCUGGAUCAGCAGGAGAAAAUGCAGGAGAUCGGGGGG